AUGGACCCAGAAAAUAGUAGCAGAGCAGGUCUUGCUCUCCCAAACCCACAAGGGCCCUCCAGUGCACCUGAAAUUGAACUUUCAGAAGUAUCUCUCCAUGAAAAUCCCUUGCUGGAGAAGGCUGCUUCAUCCCCACCAUGCCAUACAUGGUUGAUAUUUUUGAAGAGGGAGCUGGAAUUUCUGGGGGUAACACAAAUUCUGGUUGGCUUGAUAUGUCUUUGUUUUGGAACAAUUGUCUUCUCCGUGAUCAAUAUUUCAGAAUUUAAGGAAGACGUUUUUUCAUCAUUUAAAGCAGGCUACCCAUUCUGGGGAGCAGUGUUUUUUACUAUUUCUGGGUUUUUGCCAAUUAUGGCUGAAAAGAAACACGCUACUUAUCUGGUGUGGGGAACCCUGGGAGCCAACACCGUCAGCAGCAUAGCUGCUGGGAUAGGAAUCUUCAUCCUGACGGUCAACGUGAAGAGGAGCUUGGCUUAUAUCUACAGCUGCCAGGAAGCUUAUAGAGAGGACUUCUGCUUUAUGGCUUAUUUUUCCACUGAAAUUGUGGCAAUGAUUUUGUUUCUCACCAUUCUGGGAUUUUGCAGUGCUGUGUCCCUCAUAAUCUAUGGGGUUGGAGAAAUAGUCCAAGGGAACAAGAUUGCAGAAGAUCGUCUUUAUGAAGAAUUAAACAUAUAUUCACCAAUUUACAGUGAGUUGGAAGACAAAGUGGAGGCAUCUUCUCCCGCUGAUUCGUAA